GGCUUUCCCGGAAGUCCCGUUGCUCCGCGCCGCUCUACCUUUUCGAGCCCGGAGGAGCACCGGGGACCGCGCGGCCGCCAUGGCGCUCUACAACUUCAGAAAGAUCAUGGUGGUCCCGUCCGCGAAGGACUUCAUAGAUCUGACAUUAUCCAAGACUCAACGAAAGACUCCUACAGUCAUUCAUAAGCAUUAUCAAAUUCACCGAAUUCGUCACUUCUAUAUGAGAAAAGUAAAAUAUACUCAACAAAAUUAUCAUGACAGGCUCACUCAAAUUAUUAUGGAUUUCCCAAAGCUUGAUGAUAUUCAUCCAUUUUAUGCAGAUUUGAUGAAUAUACUUUACGACAAAGAUCAUUAUAAGCUGGCCUUGGGGCAAAUAAAUAUUGCCAAAAAUCUGAUCGAUAAUGUUGCCAAAGAUUAUGUGCGCCUGAUGAAAUAUGGGGAUUCCCUCUAUCGAUGCAAACAGUUGAAGCGUGCAGCCUUGGGACGGAUGUGUACAAUAAUCAAAAGACAGAAGCAGAGUCUGGAAUAUUUAGAACAAGUGCGACAGCAUUUAUCUCGACUGCCAACCAUUGAUCCUAAUACACGAACUCUCCUGUUGUGUGGGUACCCCAAUGUUGGGAAAUCAAGUUUCAUAAAUAAGGUAACAAGAGCUGAUGUAGAUGUUCAGCCAUAUGCAUUUACCACAAAAUCUCUGUUUGUAGGACACAUGGAUUACAAGUAUUUGCGUUGGCAGGUCAUAGAUACUCCUGGUAUUUUGGAUCAUCCUCUGGAAGAGAGAAACACCAUUGAGAUGCAGGCCAUAACCGCACUUGCCCAUCUCCGGGCUGCUGUGCUGUAUGUCAUGGAUAUAUCAGAACAGUGUGGCCAUAGCUUGGAAGAACAGCUGGCACUUUUUGAGAAUAUUAAGCCAUUGUUUGCCAACAAGCCUCUAAUAAUUGUAGCCAAUAAAUGCGACGUGAAGAGGAUUUCUGAACUUACAGAAGAGAAUCAGAAAAUAUUUGCUGAAUUAGAAGCUGAUGGACUUCCUGUGAUUGAGACAAGCACUAUGACAGAAGAAGGUGUUAUUCAGGUUAAAACUGAAGCUUGUGACAGAUUGCUGGCCCAUCGUGUUGAUACCAAAAUGAAAGGAAAUAAAGUGAAUGAUGUACUUAACAGGCUACAUUUAGCUCUUCCAACAAAAAGGGACAACAAGGAAAGGCCCCCUUUUAUUCCGGAGGGAGCCUUGAUGCGCAGAAAGCACAUGGAAGUUGAUGGCCCCAAAAAGAAAUUGGAGAAAGACCUGGAAAUGGAAAUGGGAGAUGACUAUGUAUUAGAUCUUAAGAAACACUGGGAUCUAAUUAAUCCAUCUGAAAAAUAUGAUAUAAUACCUGAGAUUUGGGAAGGUCAUAACAUAGCUGAUUAUAUUGACCCAGAUAUCAUGAAUAAAUUGGAACAGCUGGAGAAAGAAGAGGAGCUAAGGCAAGCAGCUGGAGAAUAUGAUAGUGAUUCAGAAAGUGAAGAUGAGGAAAUGAUGGGAAUUAGGCAAUUGGCACAACAAAUUCGUGAGAAGAAGAAACUGAAGAUUCUGGAGUCAAAGGAGAAAAACACACAGGGGCCCAGGAUGCCCAGAACAGCUAAAAAGGUUCAGCAGAAGACACUAGAGAAGGAGAUGACCGAUCUGGGGCUUGACCUGACCAGCAAAACUGAUGCACAUUAUUUAGCCCAGACAAGAAGAUCACGGAGCGUCACUCGUAAACGUAAACGAGAAGAUUCUGUACCACCCACAUCUAUGGCACGAAGUCGCAGCACCUCUCGUACCCCUCGUGAUGUCUCUGGUCUUCGAGAUGCAAAGAUGGUGAAGAAGACUAAAACCAUGAUGAAGAAAGCUCAAAGGAAAAUGAAUCGAUUGGGCAAGAAAGGCGAGGCAGAUAGGCAUGUCUUUGACCUGAAGCCGAAACAUCUAUUUUCUGGCAAGAGGAAAUCUGGUACGACCCAACGAAGAUAAAACAACUCUUAAGAGAGAAAUAAGGAAAUAAUGCCUUUUUUUAACACAAAUAAAUUUUAAAAAAA